CCUGCACCACUUCUGUCAGCCAGUCCUCAUCAUGCGCAGGUAGGACCGGCUUCAGGGAGGGGGAUUUUAUUUUUUUUGACAUCCGCAGCUCCUUCAGUUCCUCGCACCUUACAUCCCAGAGAGCGUCCGUGCCAAGACCGACCAUCCCUGUUUCAGAAAAUUGGAAGCAUGGCCUUCCACUGCUCUGCUUCGAAGAGAAAGCAACAAUGCCAUCCAUCAGUGUCGACACACUCCCUCCUGUGUGUGGCUCUUCUUUCCCACCUUGCUGCACCAGCUCUUGGACAAUUAGACCUGAGCCGACUGGACGGCGACACCGUCUGCCCACCGAUAAGAAACGGACAAGAUGACCUUCCAGGUUUCGAUCUGAUCACCCAGUUCCAGCUGGACGUGAUUCCCCUGAAAGGUGUGAGGAAGGUGGACGGCUCCACGCCCCUCCAGGUGGCCUACCGUCUCGACCGGGAGGCCAACUUUCAAAUUCCGACCCUGCUUAACUUUCCUCGGGGUUUCCCGGAUGAGUACUCCUUCAUGACCACCUUUCGCAUGAUCAAGAACACGGUCAGCAAGGUGUGGAACGUCUGGCAAAUAGUGGACGAAGACGGCCACAAGCAGGCUGGCCUCAGGCUAAACGGUGACCAGCAGGCCCUGGAGUACUUCCUGAUGGGCGCGGAUGGGAACCUGCAGACCGUCACCUUCCCCGGCUUGUCCGUCCUCUUCAACACCAAGUGGCACAAGGUGAUGAUCGGCGUUGAGCGCGACCAGGUCACGCUGUACGUGGACUGCCAACCUGUGGAUCAGAAACCCAUCAAGGGCAAAGGACCCAUCAACACAGAAGGAGACACGCUUAUUGGCAGGCUGGAUGCUGACCCUGAUGCCUCUGUUGUGUUUGAGCUCCAGUGGAUGUUAAUCCACUGCGAUCCAAAGAGAGCCCAGAGAGAGAGCUGCAAUGAGCUUCCUGCCGCCGAGAUGUUUGCCAAUGCUGAGCCUGACAAAUCUCUUCAAGGUCCACCAGGUCCCUCAGGCCCCGAGGGGCCCCGAGGGGCCCCAGGAGAAAGUGGCAGGGAUGGAAGAGAUGGUUUUCCAGGGACUCCAGGGAUUCCAGGUGCUGCUGGCAGCAAAGGGGAGAAGGGGGAGAUCGGUCUUCCAGGACAGAGAGGCCUCCCCGGUCUUCCAGGAUCUCCUGGCCCUAUUGGUCCACUGGGUCCCAGAGGAGCUGUAGGAGAAAGAGGUCUGCCUGGCUUUCCCGGACCCCCUGGUCCUCCUGGCCCAGCAAGCGAAGGACCCGCCGGUCAACCAGGGAAGCCAGGAACCCCAGGAGAUGAAGGAAACAUCGGACCUGAGGGCCCACCUGGACCCAGAGGGGGCAUUGGCACUCCAGGGCUUCCUGGGCCCCCUGGUCCACCGGGGCCUGUGGGACCGCCCGGUGCCAACAGUGAGGGGAGUGGGGAAGCUUGUCCUGCCGCCUGUCCUGCUGGACCUCAGGGACUGCAUGGAGUGCCAGGGAUGAAGGGACACAAAGGACUCCCAGGUGAGCCUGGAAAAGACGGAGAGCCCGGAGAGAAGGGUCAAACUGGAGAAACAGGUCCUCAGGGUCCGCCAGGUCGCAUGGGAGAUGAUGGGCAAAGAGGACCAUUUGGAGCCCCAGGUACCCCUGGAGAGAAAGGAGACAGAGGUGCUCCUGGCUACAACGGUGUCCCCGGACCCACCGGCCCACCCGGAGCUCCUGGUGUGGAAGGGGUCCGAGGGCGGCAGGGGGUGCCAGGGCCGAAGGGCGGCAAUGGAGCUGUGGGACCUCAAGGACAGGCUGGUGUCAAAGGAGAAAAGGGAGAAGUUGGCGAGCCUGGUGGAGACGGGAUGGAUGGACUUCCUGGAGAUAACGGCACCAAGGGAGAGCCUGGCGCACCAGGAGACGUUGGUCUUAGAGGGAUUGUUGGUAUACCAGGGUUGCCAGGGAAACAGGGAGUAGCUGGACCCCCUGGAGAAAAGGGCGAGACCGGUUCUGAGGGACCCAUGGGGCCAGUUGGGCUUCCAGGAAAAACUGGGGGGCCUGGAAAAGACGGAGCGGAUGGGAAACCAGGAGACAAAGGAUCCGCUGGCGAAACAGGAAAACAAGGGCCAGUGGGGGUUGCAGGUCCACCAGGAAUUCAGGGUGUCAAAGGAGAUAAAGGUGCCACUGGAGCCAAAGGGUUCAAAGGUCAUACGGGGUACAAAGGUGACCAGGGACCAACUGGGCCAGUAGGGCCAAAAGGAAGUCAGGGUGACCCAGGUACAGCAGGAGACCCUGGUGUAAAGGGAGAUCAGGGCCCUCCGGGUGUUACUGGCAUCAAAGGAGAGCGUGGGGAAAAAGGUCAAAGAGGCGCCACAGGAGCCGAGGGGAGACCCGGUCAGCCGGGACAUGAGGGUGUUACGGGUCCUAUGGGAGCACGAGGACUGGAGGGAGAUCCGGGCAUUCCAGGACCGCCAGGUCCCAGAGGGUUACCUGGCCCGAAAGUGAGUGAUGAAAAGCUUCGAGAAAUGUGCUCAGCAGUCGUUGAAGAACAAUUAGAGGAGUUUAUGAAAGAGCUCUUGAGGAGGCCAGCAGCCCUCAGUGCUCCUGGUGCACCCGGACCAGCUGGACCUGCAGGACCGCCGGGACCAGCUGGGGCUGCGGGGGCAGCGGGUGUUCCAGGUCCGAUGGGUCCAAAAGGUCACCCAGGCUUCUUUGGCCUUCCAGGUGCACCUGGAACGAAAGGUGAAGCUGGGCAAAAGGGAGACAAAGGAGACAAGGGAGAGGAUGGAGUGGGAACCAAAGGAAGUCCAGGAGUACCAGGUGUACCAGGUGCACCGGGUCUUCCUGGCGUUGGCAAAGAUGGCAAAAACGGCGAGCGCGGUGAAGCAGGAAGUCCAGGCGUCCCAGGACCCGCCGGUCCGAGGGGACCCUCAGGACCACCCGGUCUGUGCGACCCAUCUACUUGUUUAAGCAGACUUCCACCUCUCUACAUGGUCAGUGGGAAGAAAUCGUCCUCCUCGCACAAAACCCAUUGAGACGCCCAAAGCUCAGUGGUCCGGACCUCAUCCAGACAGCGGCCAUGUGUCGGGACUCCUCACAAACCCAGGCUGUGCGCUUUGUUUCUUGGGAGUCUCGGCCAUGACUCAAAGAGACACGGAGAAAAACAGAGGUGGGAGUGGGAGGGGGAUAACUGCACAAAAACUGUAAAGACAACCUAGCUUUAAUGUUUUCAGCGGGUGAUAAAUCCUUCUACAGUUGCUGAGCAGCUUCUGGGUCUGACUGCCGGCCUGAAGGCCUGUGGCACAAACACCAGCAAUAACUAUCGACCUCUGACAUUCAGCCAUUCAGUAAAGACUUGUCGAGACAUUUAAAAAUCUAUUAUUUCCACUCCUUCAUGUGCGUUGGCCCGUUCAGAAGCUCUGGAAGAUAUUCCUCAACUCUGUGCUCCCAUUGAUUUGUUUGGCCAGCUGUGUCGUCUUUUUGAAACGUCGGAAUAAAAGUGUUACGUUCUGAGUGUUUGCACAGUAACAAAUUCAAACAGCCAACCUGUGUGCUUUGCAGGAUGGUGCUCUCUUAGACAGAGCCGGUUAUGAUCCGUUUAGGAUGAACGUGCCCCCACAAUCCCAACAUUAAAAUGGUUUUGUGUUAAAAAAACAACAAAAAAAACAAGGUCCCUGGAUUGUUAUAGAUAUGCUGUCAGUUCAGGAUGGGAUUAGAUAGUUGCCUGGUUACAAAGCAGAGCUGACAUCAUCUUCUCUUCCCUCUUGUUUGCGCAUGAAGAAUACAUUUACUGAUCAAAUAUGACCUUUAAGGAGUCUGCUGGAGGGAAGCGAGCUUGGCAGCCGUUCCAAGGACAUCCAUUCAAAUUUUAACAGUUCGCAGCGUGACUCAGCAACAAUGAAUUCAACAUGGAAGCUCAGAUUGGGAGGAGUGAUAGGGCUCAGCAUUAAAAAGAAAAAAUAACAAACAGGUGCUCGAUUUCCAUCUCUGACAUGAUGAACAAUUAAUGAACUUUUGAAAAGAGAUAUAAGAGAUAUAGAUGUAAUCUAUCGCUAUUAUAUCUCAAAAGUACAUGGAGCUUUUGACCAUGUACAAGAAAAAAAAAGAACCACUCAAAAACCACAGCAGAAGCUCAUGUUACAAAAUGAAUUAUGUUCCAGUCUUUAUUAUACACUACAGUACAGUUUACAGCUGUCUUCUGAUAAUUACAUUAUGCUACUAUUUCAAAAUAUCUUAGCACCAGUUUAUAAGGAGAAUGGGAAAAUGUAAUGCAGUAGAACACAAAAAUAUAUUUGUCCAAAUUAGGAAUAAUUUAACAGUAUAACUUAAAGUUUUGCUUUUGAGAAAUGCCGAUGUUAGCAUCUAGAAAGUGGUAAUACUUUUUGGUUUUCUACUGUUUACAGCUGCUUCUCUGUAAACAGUAGACAGAGAAGCAGCUGUUGAUAUCUAAUUGAAAUAGCAAGUCACUGCAAACUCAUCUACUGUAUGUCUGACUUCUAUAUUUAAAACAUCUUUAUUACCUUUCAUAGAAGAAAGACUUUAUCCACAUCAGCUAGCUAGCAUUUACAGCUGCUAUCCAUGAGCUACUCUGAAGGCAACAUCAAUCUCAUUUAUUAGUUUAAAAAAAAAACAUCAAAUGAAACUAACCAUUAAAAUGUAAAGACAAAGAUAAAUCUUGGUAUCAUAGUUUGCUUAGGUUAACAAACUAUGAUAGUUUGCUAAGGAAGCUAAACCUGCUACCUUAGCCUGGUGCAGUAGUAGGUUUAAAGCAAGCUAAUACUGUGAGCUAGCUGAACUCCAAACCUUGUUAAGAAAAGCUUAUAAAAAUGAAAGAAUAAAUGUUUGAUGAAGCCUUUGAGAGUAAAAUGUUUUUGGAUCAAACUUUGGUAUUUGGCUAGCCACCUAGCUUUCAUUGCAGAAGAAACCAUAUGGAGAAAAUACAGAAACAUGAGAAUCACUUUUUAAAACUGGCAAGAUAACGGUAGUUUCGUUAGGAUACAAAUUAAAAGGAAAACUGUACAAAGUAAGUUGGUGAAGUAAGACUGACAUUUCUUGCCUCAUUUAUUCCUAUUUUGGAACAAUUCAGUAUUUAAAAGAUGACUAACAUUUAAACUCAGUUUAUUCAGUCAAGGUUAACAAUUAACUUUGACUGAAUAAACAGAGACAAACAGUUUAUUCAGUCCUGGCUGUUUUUGUGUUAGGGGUUAGGGUUAGGGUUAGGCUGUAGAAAAUGAAUAGAAGUCAAUGUAAAGGCCCCACAAGACACAGAAACUUGACUGUGUGUGCGUGUGUUUGUAUAUGUGUGUGUUUCCUUUCUGACAUGUCAUUUGAGUCUGGCAGCAUUUCAUAGGCUGGGCAUUCAGUUAGCCCAACUGCAUGCACAACAUCCAGUCAGGCAAAAAUCACACUUUUCUGUGUGACAUACAGUUCAGCCACUUCCUCUC